CAAAGAACCAAGUUCACUCAAUCAGUGCGAUACGGUCCAGAAAUAUCCAAAUUUCCAGCGGCUCUGGUAACUAUUCUGGUUGCUAUGUUGCCUACUCUCAAAUCUCCGGUACCUAGCAUAGAAUUCUGAGGGCCUGUUGACUGUACCUCAAAUAUCUUCGUUCCCCCCAAGCUGCACACUACGCUCAUUUGUCUAAAGACGCUCAUUCUGUCUCAUCAUGAUACAAGUUUCUGGAUUGGCCUUUCUUUUCUUGCUGCCCGUGUUGAUCGCGGCUCAGCUAUCCGGUAGCGUCGGUCCAUUGACGUCCUACUCUGCCAAGGCCGCUGUCAAGACAUGCGACGUUACUGAUUAUGGUGCUGUUGCCGACUUAUCAACCGACCUUGGUACGGCUCUGGCAUCAGCUUUUGCAGCUUGCCAAAGUGGUGGCCUGGUGGUCAUUCCCCAGGGAGACUAUGCAUUGUCAACAUGGGUGACUUUAAGUGGCGGAUCUGCUUGGGCACUCCAGCUUGAUGGCACCAUAUAUCGUACUGGGACAGAUGCAGGAAAUAUGAUAUUCAUUGAGCACACGAGCGACUUCGAACUCUUCAGCAGCACGUCGUCUGGUGCCGUGCAAGGGUAUGGAUACGAGUACCACGUUAAUGGAAGCUUAAGCGGGCCGCGCAUCCUGCGGCUGUAUGAUGUCAGCGACUUCAGUGUACACGACAUUGCCUUGGUCGAUGCUCCUUCAUUCCAUUUCAGCAUGGAUACAUGUAGUAAUGGCGAGGUCUACAACAUGGCCAUUAGAGGUGGAAACUCAGGUGGAUUAGACGGUAUCGACGUGUGGAGUACAAAUAUGUGGAUUCAUGAUGUCAUGGUUACCAACAAGGAUGAGUGCGUCACCGUCAAGUCACCAGCGAAAAACAUCUUGGUCGAGAGCACCCAUUGUAACUGGUCCGGCGGAUGUGCCAUUGGAAGCCUGGGAAGUGACACAGACAUUGCAGAUGUCAUUUACCGCAACAUAUACACAAUCGAGUCAAACCAGAUGAUGAUGAUUAAGAGCAACGGUGGCUCUGGAUCCGUCUCAAAUGUUGUGUUCGAAAACUUUAUCGGACAUUCCAACGCCUACUCCCUUGACGUGGACCAGUAUUGGUCAUCAAUAAGCACCGUCGCUGGGGACGGUGUAUCGCUAUCUAACAUGACGUUCUCUAACUGGUCUGGCACGUGUGCAUCUGGAACUCAAAGAGGACCCAUCAAAUUUGCCUGUGCCGAUGGUGCACCAUGCACUGAUAUGACCGUGACCGAUUUCAACAUGUGGACUGACUCCGGCAGCUCCAUAUACUAUACCUGUAGGUCAGCGUUUGGGGAUGGCGCAUGCCUUAAGGAUGGCUCGGCUUCGUCGUAUGCGGUGGUUACUGAGACUAUUACCAGCGCGCCGUCUUCCUAUAGCGCACCGACACUCCCUGAUGAUCUGACAACCAACUUUGGUACUACCGCAAGUAUUCCCAUUCCGACGAUUCCAACGAGCUUCUAUCCCGGAGUUACACCUAUCAGCGCUCUCUUAGGGAACGACGCCAGCAGCAAGAGGAGCAUCCCAGACGUCGUAUCUGCAACUGCCUCCGCCUCCGCCACGUAUUCACUUAUUACCUUUAGCACCAGCUCCACUUUGUCGUCCCUAAGCACAUCCACACCGAUUGGUGAAAGCUUUGGCCGGCCUCGACAGGAACAAGGUGGGCGGGAGUCCUCGGGCGCAGAUAAUCAUGAACGCCGUUUGUCCAAGAAACGACAUGCAGGUCUAGAUUCAGUACUACUUUGAGAAAUCUGCCUAUGUUAUGCACUAUGUCUGUUCAAUGCAUCCAAUCUAC